CAUCUCUCUCUCUCUCUCUCUCUCUCGCUUCGGUGAAAAUGAAACUUCACUCCGCGUGCUCUGUCAGAGUCUGUGUGUAAGGAGAGAAAAAUAUAGCACAGCGCAUCAUUUCAACGUGAUGGGACAUUAACAGAAGACAGACAGAGCUCUGCAAUUAACUUCAUCCUUGACAACAGCAACACAUUGGUGUGGUAUCAGGGGUUACCGAACAGCAGUCUGACUAUGGAAUAAGACUUUGGAGAAAUUGAUGACAAGUUUACAGAUCUGAGUGGGAUUGUAGCAGCAGCAAGAGCAAAGGACACAUACUUUUCGAUUGACCUUGGUCUAAGAUGGUUGAAGAGAAAUAAUGAUUUUUUUCUCAAUCCAACAAGUAAUAAUGAAAAUUAGAUGUGUUUUUCCAAGCAGACUGCGGAAGAAGCAUUUUAUUUCUUCUUUAUCAUCGCUUCUGGUGAUCUGUGCCUUGCUGCUGCUCUGCCUAAAGGUCACAGUUAAAAACAGUGUUACUAUUGAACAGUAUGGGACUACCGCAGGCUACGAUGACGUCGAGCCUCCCAACCGCUACAACAUUGACUGCAAUGCCAUCUACAACAUGGAUCCGGCCGAGGUGGGGAAGUCGCUGGCCAUCAGAAAACAAGGGGUGGUGUGGGAGCAGGAUGAGAGCUUGAUCAACCUGACCUCUAACUGCCCGCGCUACCUCCGUUCCAGGGGCUAUGGGGCCGUCCAGGUGUCCGAGGAGGAGCAGGCCUUCCCACUGGCUUACUCCCUGGUGGUCCACAAAUCUGCCUCCAUGGUGGACAAGAUUCUCCGGGCCGUCUACACCCCCAACAAUAUCUACUGUAUCCACUACGACUUGAAGUCAUCAGAACUGUUCAAAGAGGCCAUGGAGGGUCUGGCCCGCUGUCUGCCCAACGUCUUUAUCGCCUCUAAGCUGGAGACAGUGAUGUACGCCAGCAUUAGCCGCCUCAAAGCCGACCUUAACUGCCUGUCUGACCUCAUGGGGUCAGAGGUCAAGUGGAGGUAUGUCAUCAACCUGUGCGGUCAGGACUUUCCGUUGCGCUCCAACAUAGAGCUGGUGGCCGACCUGAAGAAGCUCCAGGGGGGUAAUAUGAUGGAGACGAGUCGUCCAAGCAAAUACAAGAAGCAGCGUUUCUCCUUCCACCACAAGCUGCAGGACACCGCCUUCGAGUACAUCCAGAUGCCGGUGAAAACCAACAAGGCCAAGGAGCCUCCCCCACACGGCAUCCAGAUGUUCAUCGGCAGUGCCUACUUCGUGCUCUCGCGGGAGUUUGUAGCGUAUGUGAACACGUCUACACUGGCCAGGGAUUUCCUGGUGUGGUCGAAUGACACCUACUCCCCAGACGAACACUUCUGGGCCACUCUGACACGGGUGCCGGGCGUGCCGGGCGAGGUGCCCCGGGCCCAGGCCGACGUCACAGACCUAUUGAGCAAGACCAGGCUGGUGAAGUGGAGUUACCUGGAGGGACCGCUUUACCCAACAUGCACAGGGAAACAUGUCCGCAGUGUUUGUAUCUAUGGGGCUGGGGAGCUGAACUGGCUCAUGAACUACGGCAGCUGGUUCGCCAAUAAGGUGGACCCCAAAGUUGACCCAGUCCUUAUCCAGUGUCUGGAGGAGAAAUUACAGGAGAAACAGAGACUCUUGGUCAAGGCUAAGAAGUCACAACCAAAGACUCCCUCCUCUGGAAAAGGUUAAAUUAAUGGAUGAAUGAUUGAUUGAUUAAUUAAUUGCUUGAUUCAUGUUGGAAUACGGACUACUGUAAUUACAGCACGAUUUUAGUAUUUUUAACGAUUUUUGUGUGUGAGUUGAUUAUGUCAGAAACUUAAUUGAGGUGUGCUUUAUAGUACUAAUGAAAGAGGAAGUGGAAUGCUGGAUGAGAGACCCUGUCAGGUCUCUGGGUUAGAGUUAAACUAUUGUUUUGCAACUUGAUACUUGACGUGGGGAAUGUUUGUCAUAGCCUGACUUGAAUGUAAUAUGGAUCAGGGUAUCAUAACCAGGGUAUAACCUCUGCUCACAGGGUGAAAGCAUGUGACAACCAGGGUAUGAUGACUAUGUUUAUUUAACUAAUACCCACUGGGCACAAACUGGUUGAGUCAAAUCAAAAUCACAUUUUAUUUGUCACAUACACAUGGUUAGCAGAUGUUAUUGCGAGUGUAGCGAAACGUUGUUUCCACGUAAUUUCAAUAAAAUUACUUUGAACCAACGCAGAAUAGACGUUAAAUUGACGUCUGUGCCCAGUGGGUACUGACAGACAGGCGUUAAUGAUUAUGGCGACUCUGAACCCAUACACAUGUACAGCCAGACAGAACAAAAAUAUGCAGCCUUGUUAAAUGCUGUAGCCUAUUCACUGUGAGAACAUUUUGGCCAAAGUAAAAUGUUUAGACUGGUGAUUUCUAAAGUGAUUUCUCUGUUUCUCAAAGCAAUACUCAAUCCAGAUGUUGUUUUAAUGAUUUCAAUGAAAGAGUAUUUUUAAGAGAUAUAAAAAAGCAGGGCAGAAACAAAGAAAGUGUUUGUAUUCAGAAGGGGGAGUUUACUUUUGACUCCAGAUUGAGGUCAAAGACCACAUGUUAUCCUCUCACAUCCCAUGUUAUAGAAGGGGACAUGCAGAUCUGUAUAAAAUGAAUUGUGAAUAAUAAAAUGAAUUGUGAAUAUUGGUGCAAUAA